GCCCGUCGCGACAACGGAGCGCACACACGACCCUCGAAGCCUGCUUCUUGCGGCUGCUUGCCCCAGCGCCGCCCGACCAUCUCUGCGUCACGCGACUGUCGCGGCUAUCGCAUUCAUGCGCCGACCGCCCCGCCCUUACCCAUGACUACUCUCGUACGGACCCGCCAGCCGCUACAAGUCUUGAGCAUGAGCAACCAGCCGGAGCGACGGCACAGCAAACGCCUCGCGGCUGCAGCGGUCUACGAUGAGCAGGAUGGCGACUUUCUGUUCACGCGCGGGUCCAAGAGGGUAAAGACAGCGCCAGUCCGGGAGGAAGAGCCGGAGCCAGAGCCGGCACCGGCACCAGCACCAGCGCCGGCGAAGAGGGGUGUAGGGAGACCACCAAAGGGGGCAGCGAAACGGCGCGCGUCUCCGCCGGCGCCAACACCACAGCCGCCGUCGACGCAGCCCCGACCAGCAGCAGGAGCAACAGCGACAACGAGGAGGACAUCAAAAAGAAAAUCAAGCCUAGACCACGCGCCCGCGGCGCCGCCGAUCGAGGAGGAUGUCGCGUUGCCCAAGUCGAAGGCGCGGCGAAAAGUGCGUGAGACGACCGUCGAGAGGAGGCCACCACAAAGAAAGGGCAGAUCGGCUCAACCGAAUGGGGCGCACGAAGGGAUAGAGGAGGAAGAGGACCAUGACAACGAAGACGAACAACCAAGGCCCGCGGGACGCAAAGAAGCAACACCGCGGGCGGACAUGCCCGGACCGUCCUCGCAGUCGCAGAUGAUCCCGCUCCCCUUCAGCGACACGCCCAUCAUCAACCGCAACAAGGAGUUCCGCAAGAAGGGUGGGGCCAGCGGCGGCCGGCGCAGCAGCCUGGGCAUGCGCGGGCGGCGGGCCAGCUCGCUGAUCGACAGCGGGCACAGCGCGCUGCCGCACCGCGAGGUCGACCCGGCCGAGUUCUACAAGUACAUCGCGGCCGAGGGCCUGAGCGAGCCGCGGCGCAUGAAGCAGCUGCUGAUCUGGUGUGGCGAGCGGGCGCUGAGCGAGAAGCCGCCGCACGGGAGCCGGGGUUCUAGUGCGAUCCUAGGAGCACGGGCGAUACAAGAUCAGCUGCUCAAGGACUUCGGGGCACGGUCGGAGUUCUCGGACUGGUUCACGCGCGAAGACGUUCCCAAACCGCCAGUGCCUGUUGUGCUGCAGCCUAACCCGCGGAACGUCGACUACGACGCCAAAAUCGCCGAGCUAGAGGCCAGGAUUGAGAGAUUAAAAGCCCAAAAGAAGGCCUGGCAGGCCAUCGCCGCCCCGCUCCCGACGCCCGACCCGCUCUAUCCCGACCCAGACCCGCGCAAGGCGCCGCUGCCAGACUCGGCCCUCCUCGAGGAGGACGAAGCCAAGAUGCUGUCCGCGCUGACCAGCCCGGACACGGCGUUUAACUCGUUCAAGCGGCAGGCCCGCUCGCGGCUGCAGAACGCGCAGGCGGCGCUCGAGUUCAAGGUGGACCAGCUGGCCGACAGCGUGCACAAGCUCGACAUGCGCGUCGUCACGGCCGGGCGGGAGGCGGACGCCGUGCUGGCGCUGAGCGCCGCGCGCCUGCGCGAGCGCGAGCAGCGCGAGAAGAGCGCCGUCGGCACCCGCGACAUGCCCGUCAUGGAGGUGCUCAGGAGUCUGGGCCGCAUCUUGCCCGAGGGCGGGUAGCCGCGCGAGCAGACGGGUUAACCUAAACUUUUUCCUGCCUUGCUUCUACUGAUGUGGGGACUGCUAAGGGGUUGGCACGACAUAAUGAUAUUGCACAAUACGAAAUUGCUCGGGUUUUGUGUUCCGUUUGUGUUCUUUUUCUUGACGGUGGCAUAGCGGAGACUGGUUUUCAUUCAUGGUGUGGCGUUUCCACGGGCGGACAGAGACUCGGCGGCGGCUUCGGCGGACCUGGCUCUGGCGGCAUUUUCGGAUAGGAGAGAUAUCGGAGAUUCCCCAGGCACAGAGAGGACGGAACCGGAGGGAGGGA